UCCCAGCUACUCUGGAGGCUGAGACAAGAGAAUCCCUUGAACCCGGGAGGCCGAGGUUGCAGUAAGCCGAGAUCGCGCCACUGCACUCCAGCCUGGGCGACAGAGCGAGACUCCACCUCAAAAAAUAAAUAAAUAAAAUAGUGUUGACUGGUUUAGCUAAUUCAGGUACAGCAAAUAUUUGUUGAGUUCUUUUGUAGGGCUGUGGGAAGAUAUGGGAGCCUUUUCAUUAACACAACACUGAUUUUACAUUCUACUUUUCAAAAAUACAGUGGUACAAAGCAUGGUUUAAGGUGGGGUCCCAGACACCUAGAAUGAAUAAGCUUAGAAUAUCCAAGAAGUGCCAGGGGCGGUAGCUCACGCCUGUAAUCCCAGCACUUUGGGAGGCUGAGGCAGGCGGAUCACCUGAAGUCAGGAGGAGAGCAGCCUGGCCAACAUGGAGAAACCCCGUCUCUACUAAAAAUACAAAAAAUAGCCUGGCGUGGUGGCGCAUGCCUGUAAUCCCAGCUACCCGGGAGGCUGAGGCAGGAAAAUCGCUUGACCCGGGAAGGGGAGGUUGCGGUGAGCCGAGAUCGCGCCUUUGCACCCCAGCCUGGGCAAUAAGAGCGAGACUGUCUCAAAAACAAAACAAACAGGCCGGGCAUGGCGGCUCACGCCUGUAAUCCCAACACUUUGGGAGGCCGAGGCAGGCGGAUUACCUGAGGUCAGGAGUUCAAGACCAGCCUGGCCAACAUGGUGAAACCCGUCUCUACUAAAAAUACAAAAAUUACCCGGGGGUGGUGGCACACACCUGUAAUCCCAGCUACUCGGGAGUCAGGCGGGACAACUGCUUGAGCCCGGGAGGCAGAGAUUGCAGUGAGCCGAGAUCCUGCCACUGCACUCCAGCCUGGCCGACAGAGCGACUCUCUCAAAAAAAAAAAAGAAUAUCCAAGAAGUGCCCAAAAUAGCAAGCAAAGGAAUUGUAUAUGUGCCUAUGUUCUUUUUUUCUGGGAAGGAGAAUCUGCAGCUUUAUAAUUUCAACAUUGGCCUAAAUUGUCGUGAACCUAAAACAAUCAAAAGGGCCAGAAUGUAUUUAAAGAGUUUAUUCAAGGGCAGUGUGAGGAUGGACCAACCAGAAAACCAACUCCAAAGAAUGGAGUCAGCCUUCAGAAGUAGAGAAGUUACGAUUUCAUUUAUUUAGGCAGACAGAGGAGUUUUUAGCUGGAUUACGUUAUCCAUACAAGGUUGGAACAUAAUUACAGAAUUUGGUUACGAGCAGUGUUUUUUUUGGGGGGGCGGGGGUACAGCUAACAUUGUUUUACGGAGAGUUUAACACUCAUGAGUUGCUGUCAUCUGGUGACAUCGUUUGAGUCUAGUCAUUGAACAGAACAAGAAAAAUAAAUCGAAUUAAAUUUAAAAUCUGAAGUUAUAUGUGACCCAUCACAUCUCUUAAGUUUUAAAAUGGUUGUUUUUUUUUGUUGGUGGUGGGGGAGGGGUGGGGAGGGCCCAGCAGCUUUUAAAUGUUAAUUUUUACAUCAUGUGUUCCAAAAAUAAUUGGUUAGCCUAAGUCACUUCCACCCUCCAAUGUUGUGAAUGAAGUCUCUGUAGCAUUCGCUAUUUAAUGUCUUAUCUUCCUGCACUAUUUGAGAAAUCGCGAGGUCGACUUAAUACCGCAGUCGCCACUUUGCGGACCGGAGGGCGGAGUCUGCUUCGUUCUGAGGACUGCGUGGGUCCGCGCAGAGACCUCCUGCUAGGCCUGCGCGUCCCGUUCUGAAUUCUUACCCUUAUUUAGUCCUUGUCACCACCCCCGCCGUGGGAACGGCCUGGCGGUCACUCGUCAAAGGAAGUGGCUGCCGGCAGCUCUUGACCCGGAAUCGGAUCCUAGUCCCACCCCCUCCGCUCCAGGCUUCUUUCUGCAACAGGCGUGGGUCACGCUCUCGCUCGCUCUCUUUCUGCCGCCAUCUUGGUUCCGCGUUCCCUGCACAAAAUGCCCGGCGAAGCCACAGAAACCGUCCCUGCUACAGAGCAGGAGUUGCCGCAGCCCCAGGCUGAGACAGGGUCUGGAACAGAAUCUGACAGUGAUGAAUCAGUACCAGAGCUUGAAGAACAGGAUUCCACCCAGGCAACCACACAACAAGCCCAGCUGGCGGCAGCAGCUGAAAUUGAUGAAGAACCAGUCAGUAAAGCAAAACAGAGUCGGAGUGAAAAGAAGGCACGGAAGGCUAUGUCCAAACUGGGUCUUCGACAGGUCACAGGAGUUACUAGAGUCACUAUCCGGAAAUCUAAGAAUAUCCUCUUUGUCAUCACAAAACCAGAUGUCUACAAGAGCCCUGCUUCGGAUACUUACAUAGUUUUUGGGGAAGCCAAAAUCGAAGAUUUAUCCCAGCAAGCACAACUAGCAGCUGCUGAGAAAUUCAAAGUUCAAGGUGAAGCUGUCUCAAACAUUCAAGAAAACACACAGACUCCAACUGUACAAGAGGAGAGUGAAGAGGAAGAGGUCGAUGAAACAGGUGUAGAAGUUAAGGACAUAGAACUGGUCAUGUCACAAGCAAAUGUGUCGAGAGCAAAGGCAGUCCGAGCCCUGAAGAACAACAGUAAUGAUAUUGUAAAUGCGAUUAUGGAAUUAACAAUGUAAUCAUCUGAAAGCAACUUUUUUUGGUGUCUCAAAGGAGUAGCUGCAGCUUGGUUUGAAAUUUGUACUGUUUCUAUCAUAAAUAAAGUUAUGGCUUCUUGUUGGAUGAACUC